AACACAUUUUUUAAAAUAAUUUAGGAGUUGCAGUUUUACUGGGCAACGUAGCAGUAAAUCACUAGGGGCUGGAGUUUUGAUUUGUCAGAGUUCUCGGACAACACGGAGAUGGCUGGUUUUGAAUUCCCCGGUGGAAAGAGCUGUAGCCACUGCUGCUACUGUUUUGUAUCGGUGCUGCUACUUCUCAUUCCAGGUGCGAAGGGGUCAGGAGAAGGGGUGAUCAAGGUCAAUUACAAGUUCUCCGGUUCGGAACGGACUCUAACCGCCCUAAGCGCCCAUGACGACAUGCGCCAUCUCCGAUUCCUCUCCGGCGUCGACCUGCCGAUCGGUGGCACCGGCCGCCCCGAUUCUGUCGGGCUUUACUAUGCCAAGAUUGGAAUUGGAACACCAGCAUUGGAUUAUUAUGUGCAAGUAGAUACAGGGAGUGAUAUUAUGUGGGUCAAUUGUAUUGGAUGCACAGAGUGCCCCAGAAGAGGUUACCAUGGAAUGGCGCUGAGUUUCUAUAAUCCAAAGGAGUCUGUUACCGGAGAUUUAGUUUUGUGCAAUCACAAAUUUUGUAAGGACAUCAUAAGAGGCACAUCAGCAAGUUGCUAUGCCAAUACUUCUUGCUAUUACACUGAAGUUUAUGGAGAUGGAAGUUACAGCAUGGGCUACUUCGUAAAGGAUAUUGUACAGUAUGAUCAAGUGUCAGGUGAUCUCCAGACUAGAUCAUCAAACGGAAGUGUUAUUUUUGGGUGUGGUGCAACCGAGUCUGAUGACCUGAGCUCCUCAGAUGAUGCACUUGAUGGGGUCAUCGGAUUCGGGAAAUCUAAUUCAUCCAUGAUUUCACAGUUGGCCUCUUCGGGUAGAGUUAAAAAAAUGUUUGCACAUUGCCUAGAUGGUGUGAAUGGAGGAGGUAUUUUUGCCAUUGGUCAUGUUGUUGAACCAAAAGUAACUAUGACACCCUUGAUACCGAACCAGUCACAUUACAAUGUCAACAUGACAGCAAUCAGAGUUGGCCAUGAAUAUCUUAACCUCUCAACAUAUCUAUAUAUGCACGGGGAUAAUCAGGGAGCAAUAAUUGAUAGUGGAACUACUUUGGCUUAUCUUCCAGAAGUCAUUUAUAACCAACUAGUGAAAAAGAUACUCUCCCGGCAGCCUGAUUUGAAAUUACGCAGUGUUAAUGAUGAAUAUACGUGCUUUAAGUACUCUGAAAGUGUUGAUGAUGGAUUCCCUCCAGUCACAUUAUAUUUUCAAAACUCACUCACUUUAAAAGUUAGUCCUCAAGAAUACCUAUUUCCAUAUGAAGAUCUAUUUUGCAUUGGAUGGCAAAACAGUGGAAUACAAUCUCAUGAUAGAAGGAAUAUCACACUUCUAGGAGACUUGGUACUUUCAAAUAAGCUUGUCCUCUAUGAUCUUGAAAGUCAGACCAUUGGAUGGACAGACUAUAAUUGCUCCUCAAGCAUUGAAUUGAAGGAUGAGAUAACUGGAUCUGUGCAUUUAGUUGGUGCCCAUUCUAUAUCAUGUGGCUGUGGUCUAAGUUUAAAUGUGCUCUAUGUCUUAUACCUUUUGAUCUCAAUUUUAGUGCAAAUUAGUAGCUACUGAACUGGCAUAACCGUACAAGUAAUAUUCAUUCUUAAGUUCUAUAAAAAGGAACUUUGCAAAGAAUUCAUACUAUAGCAGUAUAUUUUGGCUCUAAAAGUGGGCUUGCAUAGUUGCAUAUACUUGUAGCCAGAAGAUAGGUAUUGACUAGCAAACUAUCAAAUAUAGUCCCCAUUUUUACUUUUGCCGUGUACAUGCAGUUUUGUAAAUGUAUAAUAAUUAUAAUAGUAAAGCCUACUUUGUAGCUUUUCCAUUAUUUUCUUCUUAAAACUGAG